CAAAGCGACUAGUCAGAGGGGUUUCGGGAACCUGACUACAAAGCGACCCUCAUCAAAGUGGACUUCCGGACUUGGCUAUGAAUGGGAAUUAUGUCUGUGUGAUUGCUUUAUUUCAUUUGUUUACGAUUAUCUCAUCUGAACAGUAUUCCACCACCGUAUCAUGGACGGUGACUGUUCAGAUGACGGAUUACAGAGGCUACCUAUCAGCUGGUCUGACCUCGGUCAAUAUCCCACCUAACGCAGCCAGUGCUUUACUGGACGUGAAGAGUUCUGCAUCUCAACUCAGUUGUCCACACAAGACAGUCAAUGUAUAUAUCCGUCCUGGGGGAUAUCCUAUAGGAACACCCUACAAUGAGUCAUUUCCUGCAAACUUCUAUCUGAUGAGGAAAUUUGAACAUCACAUCACGUCGCUCACCAACAAUCAGUCAUCUCUUUUAGUUUUGCCGACGCCCCAGUCUGGGAUGUGGUAUAUUUCAUCAUUUUUACCCAAGAAAUCCGACGAGAAAAUAACACAGAAGGGCGUAGAUGAGAAGAAAUGUGAGUUUGGUCUGGGAGUCCGUGUGAUCGUCGCUAUACAGGAGAACAUACUGGAUAUUGACAUUAUGAAGGAGACAGAAAUCCACCUCGGAGGGAUGGAGGGACCCAAUAAAACUGUCAGAUUCAGACUGCCAGACAAUACUUAUGCGUACUCAGUGGUUCUUCGUAAUUGUGUUAUGAACACAGACAACACAACAAAGGAAAUGUGUCCUUUACUGGUGGACAUCGGUUCUGGUACCCUGCCCUCAAAAAACAAUACUAGAAAUUGUUCAAACGAAAGCCAGUGUCAAAUUGACAUUCUCUCUCCUAAAGUCACUGAGUGGAAUUAUGGCAGAUUUCAAUAUAUAGGCAAUGGAAUGCUUAAUUUUACAUUAAGCUUCAUUCCAAAAUAUUGUGUCCUAAAUGAUAUCUUCCAAUUAAUCACUCCUGAUGAUGAAACAGAAAUCACCAGAGAGGUGGCCACUGACAGGAUACAGGAUCGCAUGGCAUCAGUCAACACCAGCCUAGCCAGUAACGUGAGCUCACCUCUGAGUGUGGUCAACUCGAGUCUGACGCGAGAUAACGUCUGUGUAAUUAUCUCGAGCCUUGGGAGGUUUCAUAUAUCCAAGGACCUCUUCAAAUCGUUUUUCUACUUUCCCAAUAUUUUCCUGAAUCCAAUACUUAGUAAUGAGAUCUUGGUGUCAGAUGAAGCUGUACUAAUCAGUGAUCUCCGUCUGGAAGCUGACAAGGAUCUGGGGGGCACAUUCAAAAUCCAAAUCUCUAAUGUACUGUACACAGUGAGUACCAAACAGAGAGCCACAGUGUGGGUGUGUCUAGUCAGAAGUUACCUCCCUCAUCAGGAGACCAUCAGGGCAUGUCCGCAGGGCCUUCCACUGACCCUUCACUCUAAUUCCACCACCUCUGUCACCCGCUACAUCCCCUACCCUGAGGCAGGAACCUGGUACCUGGCCCUCCAUAGUCAGUGUGUAAAUAAGACAUCAAACCAGACCGAGCCCUGUCACAUUUUACCAGGAGUGGCUCUGAGCUUGAGUGUAAUGGGAUGUGUGGACGGUCAGUGUGGGACGUUUGGAGCAUGCAAUGAGUACAUCAGUGGCUCUCACAUCUUCAGUGCAUGUCAGUGCUACUCAGGCUGGGCUGGCUAUGGAUGUACUGACGGUCGAGAUGCGGAGAAAAACAGCACCAUCUUGCUGGGAACCCUCCUUCUGUCUCUCAGUAACUUGUUCUUUAUUCCCAGUAUCUGUGUCGCUGUCUACCGCCGCUUCUUCCUGGAGGCCCUAGUCUAUUUCUUCACAAUGUUCUUCUCUACUUUUUACCAUGCCUGUGACUCUAGUAAAGCCCUGUACCAGUUCUGUAUGAUGAAGUACGAUGUCCUCAGUUUCUGUGAUUUCCUGGGAUCUUACACAUCAUUCUGGGUCACGACCUUGGCAAUGGCUCGCCUGCCAGAAAAAGCCAAAAGUUUCCUAGUCAUGUUGGGCGUGCUUGGUUUGGCGGUGGGAAUGGAGUAUGACAAGCACUCCCUAUAUGUAUUCCUCAUUCCCAUCUGUUUGGGAAUCAUCAUCAUGAUAUCAUCAUGGAUUUUUAGAUGUGCAAGAAGGCGCCAGUUAUACCCCUCUAAGCGCCGCUACCUCUUGUUCCUGUUGCCUGGGGUGGUGUGUGCAGGGACAGGGGUAGUCAUCUUCACGUUCCUGGAGACAGAGGAGAACUAUAAAUACAUUCACAGUGUGUGGCACGCGCUGGUGGCACUGUCCAUCUUAUUCCUUCUGCCGCCCCGACAGAAAGAUGAAACGGAAGGUGUGCUCACCUUGAUUCAUUGACACAGGAGAAGAUAAGGAAUUUCCCUGGAAGAUACACAAUAAAACAAAAACACCAUCUGAAUACACACAGCCUAACAGAUAACAGUGCAUGUCUGGUGGGCUGGAGAACUGGUGCUUGUGUAGCAAUACUAAGUGACUAACCAGGACUGUAGCAAUACUAAGUGACUAACCAGGACUGUAGCAAUACUAAUUGACUAACCAGGACUGAUGAUCGUGUGAUUACUGUAACUAUAAUGCAUUACUAACUGGUUGAUUUCACAGAUGCUUGAGAACACUGUGUAUAAAGGGGUUUUGUUUAUUGUAGUCUUUCAUGAUUGUUAUAUACUAAAAAUUAUAUUACAUGUAUGUUCACAUUACAAUUUAAAAUUUGAUUUGCAUUACAAGCAUGAUUGUAAUAUGAUUUUGCAUUACAAGCAUGAUUUUAAUAUGAUUUUGCAUUACCCAUAUGAUUUUACAUUUUAAAAUCUUAUUUAUACUGUGGUUGUCAUUUUCACAGCUUUACUAUAUUAUACAUUUUUUUAAUUUUGUUUAUGAACUUUAGUUUUAUAAAAAAUAUCUCAAACAGCAUGAGAUAAUCACUAUUUCACUUUUACUUGACUUACUGAUGCAUCUAAAAAUGUAUAAUUGUACAGUACAAGAAAAUCACAUAUUGUGCCAUUCAAAUCAAUUUGUUCCACUAUGAAAUCCAAGAGAUCUUCUCCAUAUUUAAUAGACAUUAGUAUAUGCUGCAUAUGUACAUGGAAAUACACAGAGGAAAAUAAGACUUGUGUAGGAUUCAGGGAAUGUUAAAUGUUGGGUCCCCUCAGUCUGAACAAGUGAUAUAAUAAACAUCUCUCUGUGCAGUAAUAUCUUGUAGAAUAUUUCAUGAAAUGAAGAAAUUUGAAUACUUUAAUAAAUUGGUCAUAUCAGUCA